UACAAGCGUGCUACGUCACGGCCCAGUCUUCCGUGCCUCAGCAGGCACCCUGGUGCCCCGCCCUCACCCCAAGUGCGUCACACGCACGCAGUACGCAAAUGCAAAAGCUCCUGGUGUUCUGGAGCCAGCCUCCUGAGGACUUGAGGGAGAGUUGUUUUAUGGCGGGUUAGCCGUGCACUUAGGCACCGGAACUUAACUUAUUAGCUGCUUGAGCUUGCUGGCUGUGCUCUAAAUGAAGUAAUUGAUCCCGUCGCAUCCCGGUUCCAUUCACUUAUUUACAAAAUUUUGUCGGGCACUUUGUUUUAGUAAGUAGAACUAACAUUUUGCAAUGGAGGCUCCCCCAGUCACAACAAUGCCUGUAUCUGGAGGAACUAUUAACAUGAUGGAGUACUUACUGCAAGGUAGUAUUCUUGACCAGGGUCUAGAGAGCCUCCUCCAUCGUUUACGUGGUUUAUGUGACAAUAUGGAACCUGAGACAUUUGCAGAUCAUGAGAGUGUCUACCUUCUCAAGGGUCAGCAGGCCAGCCCCUUUGUGCUACGAGCACGUCGCCCUUUGGAUCGGCCAGGUGCUCCAUGGCACCUUAGGUAUCUGGGUCAGCCUGAGGCUGGAGACAGAAGCCGCCACACGCUAGUGCGUAAUUGUGUUGACAUUGCCACCUCAGAUGUUCUUCCUGAAUUUCUGCAGGAGAUGGGCUUUCGUAUGGACCAUGAGUUUGUGGCACGCGGCCACUUGUUCAGGAAAGGGGUUAUGAAGGUGGCAGUGUACAAGGUGUUUCGGGUGUUGGUAGCAGGAGCAGCAGAGGGUGCUGAACCCUUGUCACUUUCAUACCUUGUAGAGCUUAGUGCAGUGGCGCCAGCUGGUCAAGACAAUAUAGCUGAUGAAGUCAGGGGGUUUGCAGAACAGCUCAGACCACUCGUGCAGCUGGAGAAAAUAGACCCUAAACGUCUGAUGUAAAGGGGACAUUCCAAAAAACAAGACUCAAGAUUGUGUGUUUCUGGUGAAAACCGUUUACACUGCCAUAAUUCAUUGGUUUUUCUCAUGAGCUGAGAUGGCAUGAAAUUCCUCUUGACUGUAAAGGGACCAAUGUCAAGUUCUGCUGGUUUCAUUGUGACACAGAACAGCAUCUGCCACUGUAUUGUGCAGACCAGAAAUAGAAUGAUCUGUUUUAUUAUUAAAUUUGUUUUAUUUUUCC